AAAGUACGACCAUUAGAACUGUUGGAACUGUUAAUACUUCAAAAUGGAACGAGAAUUUAACUGAUCCUUGCAUUUCUUCUCCCAUUAUUGCUACCACUACUAACAUUAAUGAUAUCACUGAUACGAAACCUCGAACUUUUGAUGAAUAUGAUUUUAAACAUAAUACUUAUAGUGUUAAAAGUAGUAAUGGUAAUGUAGAGAUUGAUGGCAGAAAUACUAGUGGCAACUCUAAAAAUCAUUUGACGAAUGAACAAGUCGAGGUUAAAUCAGAAGAUAGUGAUAGUGUUGCUAUUGCUAACAAAAGAUUUGCUGACCAUUUGAAGAUGUGCGAUUUGCUUUAUCAUGGUAGAAGAGGUAAAAAGUUGAAAAAACGGAAACAAACUAGUGAUUUAAUUGUUCGAGUUGGUGAUCUUGAGUCUUUUCGAAAACGUCGAAAUGCUGAAUCAGAAAAAAAAAAAAAGGAAGAACUUAUUAAAAGCUACGAGAAAAUGCAAACAAAUUCCGUGGAAAAGAUAAAUAAAAGGUGGCACCGACAUGAUAGAAAAAAUUAA